GCUGGGGACGGAAGUUGCACAAGUAGCUUAGUUUCAGUUUUGUUUCUCUCUCCCGCGGCUGGCCCGGGGUGACUUCAGCCUCCAAGCCCCGGGUCCCCACCCCUGCUCCCCACCCCGAGGCCCAGAGUCAGCUUGGGCCAGCUGUGCUGACACUUUAUCCUGAAUGUCUGGAGGAGAAGGAAAAAGAGGGGGUGACUCCCCCCCACCCCCAGGGCCCGAUAUCCAGGAGAAGUCCCCUCCUACACCACCAGAAGAGCAUUCCAGUAUGGCAUCAACCAGCCCGGCUCCCUCCCUGCUGGAGGCCCUGAGCGGCGACUUCCUGGCCUGCAAGAUCUGCCUGGAGCAGCUGCGGGCCCCCAAGACGCUGCCCUGCCUGCACACGUACUGCCAGGUCUGCCUGGAGCGGCUAGCGGCUGCCGGGCCCCUGCGCUGCCCCGAGUGCCGCGAGCCAGUGCCCCUGCCUGCCGCUGGCGUGGCCGCCUUCAAGACCAACUUCUUCGUCAACGGGCUCCUGGACCUGGUGCGGGCACGGGCGGGCGGCGGGCAGCGGGCGGGUCCCCCAGCCUGCGCCCUGUGCAUUCUGCGGGGUGGUGCAGGGGGCGGCCCGGCCUCGGCACGCUGCCUGGACUGUGCCGACGACCUGUGCCAGGCCUGCGCCGAUGGGCACCGCUGCUCACGCCAGACACACGCCCACCGCGUGGUGGACCUGGCGGGCUACCGGGCUGGCUGGUAUGAUGAGGAGGCCCGGGAGCGCCAAGCAUCCCGCUGCCCGCAGCACCCGGGGGAGCCGCUGCGCUUCCUGUGCCAGCCCUGCAGCCAGCUGCUGUGCCGGGAAUGUCGGCUGGACGCCCACCUGGACCACCCCUGCCUGCCUCUGGCUGAGGCCGUUCAGGCCCGUCGACCGGGCCUGGAGCGGCUCCUGGCCGGUGUGGAGCACAGUCUGGCCGGGCUGGGGGCUGCCCGGGCACGGGAGAGGGACACCCUGGCCCGGCUGCGCCAGCGGGCAGCCCGAGUGGGCUCCCAGGUGGAGGGGGCGGCCGAGGCCGGGCUGCGGGCUCUGCUGGCCCAGAAGCAGGCGGCGCUGGGCCGGCUGCGCGCCCACGUGGAAGCGGCCGAGGACGCCACCCGGGAGCGGCUGGCAGAGCUGGACUCCCGGGAGCAGCUGGCCAGGGGGGCAGCCUCCUUUGCCCGCCGGGUGCUGGGUCUGGGCCGCGAAGCCGAGAUCCUGUCGCUCGAGGGCACCAUCGCCCAGCGGCUGAGCCAGCUGCAGGAGGCCCCCUGCCCGCCCCGGCCAGCCGCCCACCCAGUGCCGAGGCUGGAGCUGCACCCUGGACUCCGGGACCCCUGCUGCGUCCUUCUGGGCUUGUCCUUCCUGGAGGAGGAGGAUGGAGAGCAGGAGGAAGAGGAGCAGGAGGAAAAGGAGCAUGAGGAGGAGGGGCAGCAGACACCCCAGGAGGACGAGAGCCCCCAGAGCCUGCCAGAGCCAGACAAGCCGGGCGGGGUGCAGCCCUCCAAGAAGGCCCCGGGCCUGGCCCCCCCGGCACACCCAGAAGUUGCCCUGGCCGUGGGUGCCCCCACCCCCCCACACCGGAACCGGGCCCCCCAGAUGCCCGCGGGCAGCCGGGCCCACCGGAAAAAGCAGCUCAAGGACAGGUUUAGGUCAGUAUCGCGGGAGCCCAGCCCAGCUACCCCAGGGGGCCCCCUGCCCAGGCCCGUGUUCUUCUCCUGCUUCCCCACCCGCAUGCCAGGGGACAAGCGUGCCCCCCGCAUCACGGGGCUGUGUCCCUACGGCCCCCGCGAGAUCCUGGUGGCUGACGAGCAGAACCGGGCACUCAAACGCUUCUCGCUCAAUGGCGACUACCGGGGGGCAGUGCCCGUGCCCGAGGGCUGCUCACCCUGCAGCGUGGCCGCCCUGGAUGGCGCCGUGGCCUUCUCGGCGGGCGCCCGGCUUUACCUCAUCAGCCUGGCAGGUGAGGUGCUGUGGCGCCGGGCACUGAGCCUGGCUCAGGCAAGCCACGCCGUGACGGCCAUGCCCAGCGGGGACCGGGUGGCGGUCAGCGUGUCGGGCCAUGUAGAGGUAUACACCAUGGAGGGCAGCUUGGCCACGCGCUUCGUGCCGGGUGGCAAGGCCAGCCGUGGGCAGCGGGCACUGGUGUUCCUCAGCGCCAGCCCCCAGGGCCACUUCGUGGGCUCCGACUGGCAGCAGAACAGCCUGGUGGUGUGCGAUGCACUGGGUCAGGUGGUGGGCGAGUGUCGCGGGCCAGGGCUGCACGGCUGCCAGCCGGGCUCUGUGUCGGUGGGCGGCCGUGGCCACAUCUUCCUCACACUGCGUGAGCUCAACAAAGUGAUGGUCCUGGACCCCUGCGCCACCCCGCUGGGCGAUUUCCUCACGGCAUACCACGGCCUGGAGAAACCCCGUGUCACCACCAUGGUGGACGGGCGCUACCUGGUGGUGUCACUCAGCAAUGGGACCAUCCACGUCUUCCGGGUCCGUUUCCCUGACAGCUGAAGGCGAGGGUCCCAGGGUGGGGGGCCAGGGCUGGGUCUGUUUCCCCGACAGCUGAAGGCAGGGGUCACGGGGUGGGGGGCAGGGUCCGCUUCCCCAACAGCUGAAGGCCGGGGGCUGGGGGGCAUGGAGUGGACAGGACCUUUCCCCAGAGGACGGGGCCUUUUGGGGGUCUUGGCAUGUGCCAAGCAGCCAGGCCCCCUGUGGCCGUGCCAGGCAGGUAGGGAACUACGGGGGUGACAGGCCGAGGAAGAGGAGGGUGGUGGAUGUUGGGGGUUCACCAUGCACCUCGAAUGUGUGGGUGCUACGGCCACCAUUGUGUGUGCUUCAGGUCUUGAGGUUCAUACCUUAUGUGGCAUUCCCCUUCUUCAGAAGCAUUCCUUUUAAAUUUUUUUUCUCUUUUUUUUUUUUUGUGUUUGUGGUGUGUGUGUGUGUGUGUGUGUGUGUGUGUGUGUGUGUGUCCAGGGUUAAUUGCUGAGAAGCCACUGCUCCCGGAGGGCACUUUCUCAGGUUUCUAAUUGUUUUUUAAUCAGAUUGGUCAGAAAGAAACUGAGAUGGGAGAAGGGAGGGGUGGGGAGAGGAGUGGAGAGGAGGGGCGAUAGAGAAGGAGAGAGGGGACCAGGUGGUGGUACACCUGGAUGAGUACACACAUUACCAUGCUCAAGGUCCUGGGUUCAAGCCUCCAGUCUCUACCUGCGGAAAGAAAGCUUCAUGAAUGACAAGGUAGGGCUGCAGGUCUCUCUCUCUCUCUCUCUCUCUCUCUCUUUUUAAUCUUUAUUUAUUUAUUAGAUAGAGAUAGCCAGAAAUUGAGAUAAGGGGGGAGAUAGAGAGGGAGAGUCAGAGAGACACCUGCAGCCCUGUUUCACCACCUGUGAAGCUUUCCCCCUGCAGGUGGGGACUAGGGGCUCAAAUCUGGGUCCUUGUGCACUAUAAUGUGUGCGCUCAAUCAGCUGUGCCACCACCCAGUGCCUCCCUCUCUCUGUAUCUCCCUUCCCCAUCUCAAUUUUUCUGCCUUAUCAAAUAACUAAAUAAAUAAAUAGGAGAGAAAGAUACCUGCAACCUUGCUUCACCACUCAUGAAGCAUCCCCCCUGCAGAUGGGAAGUGAGGGCUUGAACCCAGGUCUUUGUACUUGGUAAUAUAUGUGUUUAACAGGGUGCAUCACCGCCUAGCCCCCUCAUUUCUUUUUAACCAGAACGCCACUCGGCUGUGGCUGAUAUGGUGACAGGAAUUGAACCUAGAACCUCAGAGCCUUGGGCAGCUAUGGGGAAGUGGGCAGACAUGGGGAGUGUUCACUGGGAGCCCUGACGCACCCCACUCCGGGGCAGGAUCGUACUGGGUCGGAAGGGCCUGGGGUCUGGAGACAGUGGGUCUCUUCUCUUCCAGAAGUGCAAGCUCUUUUGUCAUAGUGGGCUCCCUGGGGGACCAAGGGCAGACAGCAGAAGCUGCUUCGCUGGGAAUAGUAUCCAUUUCUAGAAAACUCAGCCCAGAGUGGGCUAGAGCCCUGAGAGUAGGGUGUGGGGGGUGCUCUGACCCUGUGCCCCUUCUCCCCUACCUUCUGGGCUCUAGGCCUAGCCGGUCUGGGACACAAGCCCUGUGAGGGGUCGACGAGGGCUUUGCUGCAACAUGUCUUCCCUGAGGGCUGUCCGUUCCCUGGAGCCUUGUGUUUGCUUCCCCUCCCUCCUUGGUUUUCCAGAAAAUUCCUCUUGAGAAAUUUUGCCUUGGCUGGACGGAAACAGGUGAAGCGGUCAGUCUGAAAAUAGGUCACUCUCGCCAGGGAAUGGCCUGGCCCUAGGGAUCAGGGGUGGGGGGUGAGGGGUUCGAGGGCAAGCCUAACAAGAAAAUCAAAUAUGUCGGUAAUGGGACAGGGAAUGGGGGGGAUGGGAGACCACUGGGGGUCUCCCCCUGUGGUCUUAGCCAGAAGUAGCUGAGGUGGACACGUGGGACCAGAGACUUUGCAAAAAAAAAGAAAAAAGUGGCCAGAAUGAGUCCAGCAUGGACAUCCAGGGCCAGCAAAGACUUGGAAGAAGUCAGGGUGGAAGGUUCUAUAAAUUUGGGGGGUGAGGGAAGACACCCUCGCCCAGAGAGGUCACUUCAGUUCCGGAGAUCAGAGAUGAAGGGUCCGAGAAGUGUUGGUGGGGUAGACAUGGCCGUGAGCUGAGGUCCAGAAGGGGGGACACUGGGGUCAGAGGUCAGAUCAGCUCGGCUUUGGAAACAGGCUGCUGUGAGAUGAAGCCUCCUCCUGUAUAGAGAGUCAGCAGUCCUCAACUGGGUCCAAAAAAAAAAAAAGGUUCACGGGGGAAAGCAGUGAGAACGGACAUCAGGAUCCGGGCUGGAAUUUGGUAGCUGGAGGCAGUCGGCAGGCCGGGGCCUGGUCUGUAAAAGCCAGGAGAUAUUUUGCUCGUGACAGCCCUGAAAACUAUUUGGGGGUGUGUGUUCUGUUCAUGAGGUCAUCAGAAGCUGAUGGCAAAAGAAAAAAAAAGUUAUUAUUAUUAUUAUUAUUUUGGAAUCAUGAGCUGGUGGUCAGUUCAACAGGCUAGAAAGCCUGGGUGAGUCGCAGGGCAGAAACGAAGGGUGAAUGUUAUAGAGAUUGGGGGGCGGGAGGGGGUCUUCUUACUCACUGGGACACAUUCUGACUUAUGUACUCACCGUCCAUCACAAAGCAGAACUUACCCUUGGAUGGUGACUGUGGGAAUUACAAUACUACAAUAAUCACACCCCUCUGUCAAUAAUGGCCUUCAAGAAGAGCCUCUGGAUCUGACCCACGCCCAUGAGAGGAGGGUCAGGAGUGGGGAGGACACCCCUCAUGCCCCGGCAAGGAGGAGGGUCCCUGGGGUAGGUCGGGCCUUGGUGGGGCCGGUGGAUAGGAGGUGGCAGGAGGUCCUGGGGUGACCAGAUGCUUGUAAGGGGUGUCUUGUGGAGUUCACAUGAGGUCAGAUGGAGGUUCCACAGAAGCCCUGAGAAGGAUGGCUCUGGGGGUUCUCUAUAGCUCCGUCUAUGGGGGAGGGAGAGGGAUGAAGUGUGUCUUUCCUGGGGAACCCAGCAAGGGGUCCACCUGCUGGUGUGUGGGACAUGCCCAGCAGGGGGCAGUGUGGGCACAGCCUCCCCCUUCACAGGCACCCCAAGAGAGGCUGGGUUCCAAGUCACACAGAAGAUGGGGUUGGGGUCCCGCUUGUGUGGAUAUAGAGUUUUUUUUUGGGGGGUGCAUGAGCUCUAGGGAAUCAUGUGUCUUGGGGCUGGAAAGGUCACUCAGCGGAUCUGCCUAGGAGCUGAGAAUAGAGAAGAUGGUCUGAAGAUGGGGCGGGGGCUUCGGUCAAGGGAUUCACGUGGGAGUGGGAAAGGCAAUGCAAGAAGAGAGGCCCCACGGCCUAGUGGAAGGUUCGCGGGGAUACUGAAGGUGUCGUUCACUGAGGGGCACAGGGUACCCACAAAUUAUGGCAUGAGGGCGUGGUGUAGCAACAAGCAGCCACUGGAGGCAAGGCCCCAGAGCCCGGCCUGGGACCCGGGACCCUGAGGACUCAUGCCCAGCACCCCAGAGAGGGGCUUGGUAGAGCUGAGGAGUUUGUGUUUGGUCAGAGCCCAGAGCAAGUCCCUCUGCUCUGGGCUGUGAUGUUUAGCUGUAUUCUAUGUGGUUUAGAAUGUUCCAGGCUGUGCAGGCAUCUGUCCAGGUUGAAGCGCAAGGCUGUGCAGACAGAGCUGGGGAGAGGGUGCCUCUCUUCUAUCCUGGGCACCUCUGUGGAAGGUGGCUGAGAGCUGGGCGUGUGGCCUUAUGCAAGAAAUAGCUGUGGCUUGCGGGUGGCGCCAUCCUCUCCUGCCCGAUGGGGGAGAGGCUUUCCAUGCUGUGCUCUUGGGUGAGGCAGAGUCCUGCUGUGUUGGUCCACGGGGCGGCCGUGGGCAGGGGCUCGGGGGUGACCGCAGCUUGAACGGGGUGUUCCGUCCAUCUGUCCAGGAGCUAGACUUGUCGUCCACCAACCCCCUUGUUUUUUUGAGGGGACGGUCUUGCCCUGCUUUCUGGGUGCCACUAACACCAGCCACACACAGUGACUGAGGAAGAGACACUGGCCGGUCUGCCAGAGAGCUGGUGGGAGGUGAUGCAGACGCAGGGGAUGGCACCCCCACAUGCCCAGGGCAUCCCGUGGUUGGGAAUAUGUACGGAUAUUAUAAUCUGAGGGUGACAUUUUGUAGGGGUUCAGAGAGAAGGGGAGUCUCGUCAGGAAUUGGGGGGACAGGGCUGGGGAAAGGAGAGGGGUGUCCAGGGUGAGGUCUUGGAAAGUGUGUCAGGGGAAGGCCAGCCGGUGGGGAGAACUGCCCCACCAGGCAAGGAUGGGCCUUCUGUCUGCUGCCUUAGAGAACUCUGGGGAUGGCCUCAGGGAGGGCAGCCAGCGUCAAAUUUUGGGGGGCACGGACAGGCAGGGAGCAGGGCCAGCCUUGUCCAGCGAGGGAGAGUUCUUAGCUGCAUGGGGAUGGAAGGGGACUUCUGGUGGCCACAGGAGUGGGAGGUGGACAGUAGUACCAGGAUGUCAUCACACUCGACACCCCAGGUCAGGAAUCUCUGGGACCAAAUAGAGGGGGAGGCACUGGGGGAGUCCAGGGAGGAUUUUUGGGGGAGAUGGUUUAAGCACUUGCUUGGAGGUCUGGGACAGUGUAGAAACGGGACCGGGUGUCCUAGGCUCUCUGUGGUGACUCAACAAUUGGAGAUUUGCUGCCCGGGCUGGGGGGGGUGGGGUCUGUGCAAGCCCCCCCACCAUGCUGUGUGCAGGCCACCCUUUCUGCCUCUUCAUACAUUCCACUAAACAAUAAAUAAAGACACAGGAAAGCAA